GAAUUUUGAACAAGAGGUAAGAAGUGUUUAGUCUAGUCUAGGUUUCGUAAAGUGGAUUACUGUUUAUUUUCGUAAUUAAGUGUAUUUAUUUGCAUUUAUGGCGGCACGAGAAAGAGCUAUUAGCUCUAAAACGUUGAUUUCUACAAUCGAAGCCUUGGAAGGAAAAAGGGCGAAGAUAGAAUUUCGCGACGAUACAAAGGUCGAGGGAAAAGUGGAGUCUGUGGACGCGUAUAUGAAUAUCCACAUGACUGAUGUGCUAUUUAUAGCUGCAUCUGGAGAGAAAAAGAAAAUGAAAUCGCAUUUGUGCCAAGGAAAAUUCAUCAGAUUAAUCCAUUUUCCUGACGAUGCAGACGACCCUAUUGAGAUGACCAGACGCAGGUUAGAAGAGCUUGCUAGAAUGCCAGUUAGUCGUGGUAGAGGGCGUGGCCGUGGACGCGGUGGCCGGGGAAGAGGAGGGCCACCUCGAGGUGGUGGUGGUCGUUUUUCCAGAGGUGGUGGUGGAAGCCGCCCUCGAUCUUAUUCAUCUCAUGACAGCCGAAGUAGUUAUGGUGGAAGCAGUAGCUAUGGAAGCAGUAGCUAUGGAAGCAGUGGUGGUUAUGGAAGCUAUGGUCGCCGAUAAACUGAUAUAUUCCAUAUUUGUAAUGUAAUUACAGUCAUCUUCACUGUAUUUCAUGUGAUAAAUAUAUGCUUUCAUAUUCAUAAAAUAA